ACCAUCACCAUAAAAAUUUCUUCGUCAACACAAUCAAACCCAAAAAGACUUAGAACUCAAAACAUUUCUUUUGGGUCGUUUUAAGUCGUUUCCGCGUUAUAUCCUUUAUAGAUCUUCGUCUUCUUCUUUUGCAUUGAUUUGGUCCUGCUUCUUCAAUUCAUUAAGAAGAGAACCCAAUCCUUCAUCUUCUUCUCGAUUCCACUUCUCUCUCUCUCUCUCUCUCUCAUCCAGGAAGGUUUAUUUCUAGUUAGCAAUCUCAAAGUGUUCUUUUCUUUUUUGGUCUCAAGCAACAAGUUGUGCGAUAUUAUUCUGAGAGAAGAAUGUUUGGUUUGAGGAAAUCACCGGCUAAGCUUCCCAAGCAUAGCUCAGUAGACCUUGGAUUUCACAAGUCUUCCAAGCCAAACCCCUUUGAUUCUGAUGAUGAAUCCGACAACAAACACACCCUUAACCCUUCAAAGAGGACUACCUCUGAACCCUCUUUGGCUGAUUUGACAAAGACUAACCCUUUUGAUGCUGAGGAGGCUCAGAGAGGAUUCGCUACUAGUUCAUCCAAACAGUCUUUGAUUUCCAACUCCAAUUACCAGUACAAGAACAAUUUCCGUGAUUCUGGAGGUAUCGAUAACCAGUCUGUUCAGGAGCUUGAGGGUUAUGCUGUGUACAAGGCUGAAGAGACCACGAAAUCUGUACAUGGUUGCCUCAAGGUAGCAGAGGAUAUAAGGUCAGACGCUACCAGAACUUUGGUUAUGUUGCAUGAGCAGGGCGAGCAAAUCACAAGGACUCACCACAAAGCUGUUGAAAUCGAUCAUGAUCUCAGUCGAGGUGAGAAGCUUCUUGGAAGCCUUGGAGGCAUGUUCUCAAAGACUUGGAAGCCAAAGAAGACUCGUCCUAUCAAUGGGCCCAGCAUAACUAGAGAUCACUCACCAACUAGAAGAGUAAACCACUUAGAGAAAAGGGAAAAACUGGGACUGAACCCAGCACCAAGGGGACAAUCAAGAACCCGAGAACCGCUCCCUGAAUCAGCUGAUGCCUAUCAGAAAGUGGAGAUGGAGAAAGCUAAGCAAGAUGACGGUCUUUCAGACUUGAGUGAUAUACUCGGCGAGCUAAAGAACAUGGCUGUUGACAUGGGAAGUGAGAUUGAGAAACAGAACAAAGGACUUGACCAUCUUCAUGAUGAUGUUGACGAACUCAACUACAGAGUGCAACAAUCAAACCAGCGUGGCCGUCGUUUGCUUGGAAAGUAGAUGAACUAAGAUUUAUAUGUUCAUUACACUCCUUCAUCUCUUGUUUGAUUCUCUAUGAAUUUGUUCUUUAAACCUGACAAGGUUCUUAUCAUGUUAUAUACAUUUCUGUCCGUGUUUGUAAUUGAUCUUAUUGCAGAAAACAAAACAAAACCUACUGUUCAAACAGAAUCAAAUUUUGCUAUC